GUGCACCUUCUACGGGCACUCCUUCCGCCCAUGUUCGAAAUUCAGGACCGGAUUCGGCUGUGUUGAUGAGUGGUGGGGCUGCGGGUCGAGAAGAGGAGGCUACUGGUCAGCAAGGGAAAUCUGCGAUGGACGUUGUGCCGAGGCGUAAAAGGUCUGGUGACACGUCUGUUGCAGGUGUGGGAGACGAGGUGCCUGUCGUCGACCACAAAGACAAGUGCUGGAUGUUGGACUGGGUGGGUGGAAUCAGGGAACGCUGGGGUGGGCUGAUUUUGUAUGUGGUGAUAAAAGAUAACAUUGUUCCGAUUGGCGGUGUGGUUAAGUGGAGUGGAGAAAAAUCACCGUCGGCCAUGUUGGAGUUGACGAUGGUCCUUAACGCUAAAGGUGAGCGGAUGGGGGGUGUCAAACGCGUUGCUCUUCGUUGGGUCAAACACGUUGGGUAUGGCAAGAGGCUUUAUGACAUUUUCAAUCCGCCUGGGAUGGAGAAAUUGACGUUGCCGGACCUUCGAUCGGUUUUUGCAUUCUUCGACAGAUAUGUGGUCACAGGGCAUGAGCCGGUGGUGCAUGCUUCCGACCGCAUAUCUGAACAAAAAAGCGUGCUUUCGUCGUCUUUGGAGGCGGCUCCGUUGUCGAAACCGAUCAUUAUAGGUGCCCGCCCUCCGCCAUCACUUCGGACUAUGGUUGCUGCAACACGAGUUCCGAAAUCUGGGCAGAUCGGGGAGAAAGGUCCGUGUCGCGGCCAGAUCAUGCCGUCAGCCCCUAUGAAGCGUAGACCAGCAUCAACCAAGGAACCCGUUUCCUUGGUCCGCCCGCCACGAUAUGAGUUGGUCAUUCGUGUUGGGCCACAAUAUUUCGGAGAUGACGACGAGAAGAACGGUGCAGAAGAAUGGGAGCGUGAUGAAAAACGCGAAGAAUAUGAGGAGGGUGGCGAAGAAGAGGAAGUAGAGAGUGAACAAACAAUCAACGAGAGGGGUGGGCCGGGCGAGUUGGAGGGUCGUCUAGGGGUUGAGUAUGAGGACGAAGGGCAAGAAGAGGAAACGACCGGCGAGGGAGAGUAUGCAGAUGUGCAUCGGGGUUCCAAACGAACGCAGUUGCUCGCGUCGGGUCAUGGGCAUUGGGAAGCGGAUCCAGGGCGCGGGGAAAUGCACCGCGAAGUUGGGGUUGAGCCCGCGCAUGCCGAUGCAGUACGACUAGCUGAGAAGAAAAGUAAGAUGAGGCAAGAGAGGAGAAGUGCUAUGGACAGUAAGAAAACCAAGCAGGGGGGGGGAGCCAAGCAAGAGGAGGGCAAACGCAAGUUGAAAAUGCUAGCAGUUGAGGAGGCCGUCCAACGUACGAGGGAGGCUGAGGAGGCCAUGAAGAAAAAACGGCAGCCAAGGAAAAAAGCAGCGAAGGGAGGUGUGAUGGAAAAAACUUUCGUUUUUCCACUGGACCAGCCACAGUCGGAUGAAGACGCUGUGGACAAGACAGUCACCAGACCGCCCGGUUUGCAGAUUCUGCCGCGUAGGAAUUCUUCUGGUCAUUUGAGCAAAGGCUUCUUCCUUGAGUUCGACGAGAAUGGUAACCAGAGGCCGGAAAUGCAGUUCAUUUCUGUCAAGUUGGACAGGAUUCUGGAUAUCCCUGAUGAGGAAUUCAAAUAUAAUCAACGCUUCCUCGAUCAGGAGCUUAUUGAUGACCUUUACAAAACAAUGGUUGAGUCGGGUAAGGCAGCUAUCAGAGAGAGAACGACCGGGGCAGCCGGGGUGAAUAUAUGUGCAUUGUACGAGAAGCCUGUCCUUCUGUUGAUUGGGCUACAUGAUACAAUGCAUACUGAUGCUUCCAGUACGAAUGUGAAGGCGAGAAGAGUGACGCCCCGCGAAUUCGAUCUCCAAUCCGUGUGCAAGUACUACUGGUACCCUCUCAGUGGUCAAUGUUGCAGCGGUGAGGAAAUGUUCUCAAGAACGCCCUUACAUCGCCCGUGAGCUCCGUUUGGAUUGCUGGGCUUGAAGGCCUGUUUACUAUCUGGAUAGGAGCGUGAAAAAUUACUGCACCUUGAGCACUUUCCAAAAUGCGAAG